AAACCGAGGGCAGCGGCCUGGGCAGAAACAGCUCCUGCGCGAUUCCCCGGAGCCUUCCCGGGCCCGGGCCGGCUCCCGCUCUCCAGCAUCUCCAUCUCCACAGCUGCAGUGGCCGCCACAGGGACAAACAGCCACUUCGACCAGAGGACUCGUAGGCACAGCGCAGGGAACCAGUCCCCCGCCGCCCGCUGCUUGGCGCCCCCUUGGUCUCGGGCUGGCCUGGGCGGGGCGGCGAGCCGGGUGGACCGCGAUGCCGGGGCGCGCUCCCCUCCGCGGGGCCGGGGGCGCCCUGCGCGCCUGGCUGCUGGGCGGCCUCUGGGUCUGGGGCCUGGGCGGCCUGGGCGGCCUCGGGGCGGGCGCGCUGGGACCGGACCCCUGGGGGUCCCCGGGGACGCCGCGUCCUUGCCGGGCGCCGCAGCAGUGGGAAAGGCGCCAGGUGCUGUACCGGCAGAGCAGCGGGCGUUACAGCCGCGCCCUAAUCUCCUACGACGGGCUCAACCAGUGCGAGCGGGUCCUGGAUGAGAGGAAGGCGCUCAUCCCCUGCAAGAGGUUAUUUGAAUAUAUUUUGCUCUAUAAAGAUGGAGUGAUGUUUCAGAUUGAACAAGCCACCAAGCUAUGUUCCAAGAUCACCCUGACAGACUCCUGGGACCCUCUUGACAUUCCUCAGAACGCCACCUUUGAGGACCAGUACUCCAUAGGGGGGCCCCAGGAGCAGAUCACCGUUCAGGAGUGGUCCGACAGGCAGUCAGCCAGAUCAUAUGAAACUUGGAUUGGCAUUUAUACAGCCAAGGAUUGUUAUCCGAUCCAGGAAACCUUCACCCAAAAUUACAGUGUGAUAUUGUCCACGCGGUUUUUCGACAUUACGCUGGGUAUUAAAGACCCCUCCGUGUUUAUUCCCCCGAGCACGUGCCAGACGGCCCAGCUGGAGAGGAUGAGCGAGGACUGCUCCUGGUAGGCCUGUGGACGCAGGAGUGACGGCAUCAGACACUGGCGGCCUUAGCUCAAAACCUAUUUGAGCUUGAGAGAUGAGAAUCUACUUUGGAGAAAGACAUUGAUGUGGGGUUUUCUGUUUUGUUUUUUGUACGUAUGAUGUUGGCUAGGACGGAGACGAUGCGGUAAUGUGGGCUGAACAGAUGAACGUGGGGACUUUGUGUAGCCGAUCUGGGUGCUGUGCCUUCUGCAUGUGCCGGUGUCUGUGAAGUGCAGUGGCUUACGCGGGGCUGGAGAUCAGCAGGGGCAGUUUGCCUCGGCCGCGAAGAACGCUUUAUUAUUGACUGAGAAUCACCAGAUUCCUGGCACGUGGUGAUAAUAAAAAGCAGAACAACUUUGUUCAGUUUAUUAUUAAUGUUUAAGUUCCCUACAGAUAAUGUCCCCUUUAUGCCUCCACCAGGGAGGGGACUGCUCCCCCUUCCCCACCCCAUGCUCCUUAGGCUACUGAAAAAAUAACCCCCUAAAAUCCCUUCCGGACUUAAGGGUUCAUGGCAUGAAUCAAUUAAUAUAAAUAUUUUGGAAAGGAAUGAAAGGCUAUAAUACAAAGUAAUUAUUCCUCUAAAGAGAUGUUUUAAACAAGAGAGUUUGAAAACCCUAAUGUCUACCCCUGGUAAGCAUGAGCCACUGUGCUUCCUUUUUUCUAUGCAAGAGUGUUGAUACUCGUGCUGAAUCAUCAGAGACCGUCAGGAGACCUCCAGAGACAGGGUAUUCUAGAAAUAGCCCGGAACUGGGAGUCCGGAGACUAUUGUCUCCAAAAUCCAGGACUAGAAUUCCCCUGUACUCUGAUUGCGUGGAUUAACAAAAUGCACUAUGCUUUCCCUCACCUUGGCCUCCUUGGGACACAACCUCUUUGUCUACCCGACUUCUGCUCAUCCUUCAUAGGUCAGCUCACACAAGACCUUCAGAGAACUGCCCCCACGCCUGGAUAGGGUGCACCUUGCAGCUAAAGCAUGCAGUUCUCACAGUGCUUAUUUAGGCUGAGUGUUAACGUCCUGCUGAGUGGACACUGUCACACACGAGCUUGGCUAGGAGCUCCUACAGUAUGGGUACCGUGUUCUGUUAGCUUUUAUAUGCCCAGCAGCAAGGAAGUGCCUGGCACACGGUGAAUGCCCUAAAAAUUUGUAGAGUGGAGAAUGCCAGCCUCUCUACUGUUUAGUUCCCUCAUCUGUUAAUGGGGUUGGAUUUUCUCAUCUCUUGGGAGACUCCCAGUAAUAGAAUGCAUUAUUCUAGAUUAUUCUUUUAUUGUGUUGCUUCUGCUCAUCUAUUUAUCUAUUACCAGGAGAAAUGUGUGACACCUAUGUUAUGCUGAAACAAUCUGUAUUACUCACUGUGUCUAUUAUUUCAAUAAACAAAUUUAAUUGCA